AUGACAAAUAAAUUGAUCUCACUAAGGGAUAUCGCCUACCCUUGGAUCAAGGCUCUACUGGGAAAUGGAGAGAGGACUUACUUCUGGUCUUCAAAUUGGUCCCCCUUUGGACGCAUUAAAGAUUUCUUGCGUGGUGAGGCCUCUGCUUCUCUUGGAAUCCAUCAAGACUCGACCCUGGCUGAACUCUGGGAGCUGGAUCAUUGGGUUCUUCCUGCAGCGAGAUCAGAAAACCAGGUCAAAAUCUUCUCACAUCUCACAUCACUCUCUAUUACUAAUCAGCCAGAUCAACUUCUAUGGAGCCCUAACAACUUGCCAUCAGAGAAAUAUUCAACACAACUCAUCUAUAACCUGAUCAGGACGGCUGCGCCUGCUGUUCCAUGGCACAAGGAAGUUUGGUUCUCUGGAGGUAUCCCGAAACAUAAGUUCUUAACUUGGCUAAUGACCCUAAAUCGUUGUCCUACUAAAGAUAGGAUGCUCCAGUGGGGGAUCCAAAUUGAUGGUGGAUGCGUGCUCUGCCAAACUCAGAUCGAAUCCCGGAACCAUCUGUUCUUCCAUUGCAGAUACUCUUGGGACGUUUGGUCGUCUCUAGCUUCACGUUGCUCGGUUUCUCCCUCCCCUGAUUGGGACGCGACAUUGACAACGCUACACAACUACAGGGGGACACGACCAUGGAGGAAGCUACUACUACUCUCCUGGCAAGCGGCAAUUUACCUCCUAUGGUCUGAACGUAAUCAAAGACUCCACCGAAACCGGUUCAGGUCAUCAGACUCCCUCCUAUUGGAAAUUGAUAAGCAAAUCAGACUUCGGAUUGCAAGCUUCCGGCUCUCAAACCCGGCUGAGUCCUCCCAACUUCUCCAACUUUGGUUCUCUUCCGUUUGA